CAGCGAGCAGCGAGCCGCAGGAUGAGGGGAGAGAUGACGUGAAAAGUUUAAGACGACGAAAGAAAAACAAGAGGAGAAGCAGAGCUGGCGGUCGGGAGCCAAGAACAGGAAGCACAAAUCAUUUCACCUCUGCCUCAUCCACCAUGUCUUAGAAUGGAAUCAAAAUUGAAAACCUGUUGACACAGAAUCCUGCAGCACUAAGGAUAAAGCAGCUGUUUCUGGAGAAGCUCACUUGGGCAUAAAGCCUGGAGAGGUUGUGACAGAAUGUCUUCUGAAAGCUUUCUGAAGGAAGUUCAAGCCAUUGGUGAGAAGUUUCUCCUCAAGCUCCAGAAACUGCCCAAGGCUGAGCCAGUGGAGAUUGUCAGCUUUUCUGUGGUUCUUCUAUUUAUUGUUACUGUGCUGGUGCUCACGGUCAUUGCCUGCAGUUGCUGCUGCUGUGGCUGCGAUGGACGCCCUGAGCCCAGACGCAAGAGCCAAGUCAGCCCAGCUGCCCAUUCCUGAAGUGACACCCCCUGCUAUGCAGGACACACAUGGACAUCAGGAUCAGUGCUAUGGGAAUGGCUUUCCACACUAGCCCACAGAAAAUGGCAAUAACAAGAUUAAUGAACACGACUCAAAGGACCAGAAAUCACAGCAUGGAGUUCCUUCUCCCUGUGACAGCCACUACUGUGACAAGGAAGCCCAAAGAGGAAACUUCCAGGUUACCUCUACAAGUCUCCAGGUACAGCAAGGGGUCCCCUCACCACAGGCCAAGAUCUCUUGGAGGAGUGAAGAGGAGGCAACAGAGGAAACACCUACUACAAACCACUACAGCUUCAGCAGGGUGCAAGCCAGCAUGUCACUAGAGCAAGAGGCAUCCUCAGAGCUGCAAGACCUAAAGAGCCUGAUUGCAACAAGUGGUUGGGCUCUUGGAGGGCUGGUGGUGAUUGUCAUCUUCUGCUCUGUUUUUAUUGCUCUCAUUUUGUUUGCUGCUAUCUUUGGGUGCUGCACAUCUCCAAGGCACAGACGGGGUGGCUCAUAGACAGCAAAGUGGGGACACAGAACUCGGUACAGCUGAGCAAGAACCAGCCUGGGUACAAUCUGAUUGUGUUGUUCACAGAAAACUCUCACCUCACUCCCUGGGUGGUUAUUUCUCUUCAUGCAACUUCCCUGCAUCAAGAACAAUGUCCCAAUGCCAGCAAGUUGUUCUGCAGGCCACAGCAAACUCACUACAUGAGGCUGUCUGGAUUCAGGAACUGCAACAUUCAGCAAAUACCAAAGUAAACUCGUCUCUGAUUUUCAUCUUUCAAGCAAAACCACCAGCUAGAGGUGGCAAAUGGUCAGCCACCACCUAAAUCUGAUAAAGAUGUGUUCUGCUG